AUGUCAACUCACAAAAACUCAGAGCCUCUAGCCGACUUCGUUGUGAAGAACCUGGCCCAAGAUAUUGAGCGAUCUGGAAAAACGCGCAAAGAUCUGAACCUCGUGGACCUUUGUAACGAAAAUACCAACACGUACGGCGAGAAAGGAUCGAACUUGCGAAGAAAGGUACAAAAGAAGUUUGAUUUACUCCUUCGAAAGACCCCCGAGCAAUAUCUCAAGUGGCUGGACAAGCAAAAGAUCAACCCAGGUGAAGCUUUGAGACGUGAGCUUCGUGACACUUCUGAUUCAGAGACGGAAAGCUCGAAAGACAGCGACAAGGACAGUGACAGUGACAGUGACAGUGAUAGUGACAGCGAAAGCGAAAGCGAAAGCUCUGGAAACGAAAGGACUACAAAAAGCAAGAGACCUACUAUCAGCAAGAAACCUAGUAUGGCACCUCCCCAAUCAAUCGUGGGAACAGCCAAUCCACCAACAAACGAGAUAUCCUUCGGACGGCAAUGCGCUUUUUCGAGUCCCUUGACCACGGUAUCGGAUUCGUCCACACAGUCAACUCAAUCAUCAACUCUUUCCGUGGUCCUCCAGCAGAUUGAACAGCUUGAGAGCAUCAAGAUGGACGGAUCCAUCAACUAUCCCAACGUUGUGAUGGUAGAUACCACAAAGCCCGAAGCCAACUGGGGAUUCGAAGUGUCAGAGGUCAAUGGCAUCGAACAUCUCAAUUUUACACGCGAUAUCUUCCACAUUCGCAAGGUAACGACAGCGUCACAGGAAGGUAUGUGGGAAGCUACCAUUCCACUGAAGCAGUUUCCCACAUUGGCGCAUCGUGCUGUUCUUAUCCGUGGACCCUCCCAAGACCAUUUUCAUCGAUCCGCCGAACUCAAUCAUCAGGUUGGCUACUGUGAUCAAACCAAGAGAGUGCAUGAGACUCUCGAAACCAACAUGAGCAACUCGCCUGAACGCAACUUUACCUACUGGUUGCUUGUGUUUCCAAGAGGCACUGAGUUGGAGAAUCACAUCUUUUCGGGCGAUGCUGAGCACGUCAAGAGAGAGGCCAAUGAUUUGAUGGACACGGUCGAUUUGGAUGGCGACGAAUUGGAGCUGUUGGCCACGGACGUUUACUGGAGGAUUGCCAAGAGAGGCGGACAGAUGAUCCGUCGUUCGACCGGUGGUCCUAAGAAGGGAAGAUUUGCUCUUCGCAAGAAACCUAACUAG